UGCAUUGUUUGAAUAUUCUAAAAUAUAGUUAAUCAUGUCUAUAGAAUUGAUUAUAAUUAAAAUUAAAAUUUAUAGAGUAUAAAAUAAUUUAAGACUUAAAUUUAUCAACUCAUUUUCAGAAUUGAUUUCAGCGGUACUAACCAAUACGAAUCCAAUCCAAGACACUCUUUCUUUUGAAUGUGCGAAGAAAAAAGUUACAAAUUUAUUGAGUGAUUAUAGAGCCCACACAGAAAUGUUGGCCUUUGAAGCAAGAUCCAUUAGACAAGUAGAAGCUUUUACUCGAACUUGUAUAUCUAGUUGGUCUAGUAUAUUUCAUUAUUGUUACUCAGAUUCUACUCACAGCAAGUCUAAGCUUGCUCCUUUACAGGAGAGAAGAAUGAUAGACAAAGUUAAGAUAUUUGCAAAAGCAGGAGAUGGUGGUAAUGGUUGCACCAGCUUUCGCCGCAGUCGACAGGAAAGCAAGGGCGUACCUGAUGGUGGCGGCGGUGGGAUAGGUGGUGAUGUAAUUUUGGAAUGCUCUCGUAGAGUUUGGGACUUCAGUGGUCUGAAGCGUCAUCUAAUGGCAGAGAGAGGAGGACAUGGAUCAUCAAAAAAUAAGAUAGGAACCAGGGGUGCUGAUAAGGUUGUUCGUGUACCGAUUGGCACUGUACUUCAUCUUGUUAGUGGUGAUAUUCCUUCUGUAGUAAAAAAAACUCAAUCCUCGGCGGAUUUAGACCCUUGGGAGGUUCCUGGUGCACUUGUUGAUGAUCAUUCAGAACCUCGGGACGGUUCUAUCUCCAAUGUGACAACGCACGAAAAUGUCAAUGCAAUACAUCCUACUGGCUGCUCGUCAUCUGAAACAUCUAAAGCAAAAGUUGAGAAAUCUGUAAAAUCUACACGUAUUGCAUCAACAGAUGCAUUUUCUCAACUUUCCUCUUCUAAUGUCUCUCCCAAACUUGGUACAGAGGAUAUAGGAGAGAAACAAGAAAUACUUAACAAUGUUGCUGAAUUAACAGAAGAAGGUCAACAGCUUAUUAUUGCUCGUGGAGGAGAAGGUGGUCUCGGUAACAUAUCUAUGUACAAAGAUUCAAGGAAGCCUACGACUACGAAGGCAGGGGCAUCUCAACCCAUAACCAAUCUUCAGGACCCUGACAGUGUUAACCUAAGUUCCGGUUUGCCUGGAUCUGAGACUGUUCUUAUAUUAGAACUCAAGUGCAUUGCUGAUGUUAGCUUUGUAGGAAUGCCUAAUGCUGGUAAAAGCACUUUACUUGGAGCUAUAUCAAGAGCUAAGCCGGCUGUUGGGAACUAUGCUUUCACCACUCUUAGGCCAAAUUUAGGGAAUAUGAACUAUGAUGAUAUGUCGAUAACCGUGGCUGAUAUUCCUGGACUCAUAAAAGGUGCACACCAAAAUCGUGGACUUGGACAUGCAUUUUUGCGCCACAUAGAACGCACAAAGGUUCUGGCUUAUGUGGUAGACGUCGCUGCUGCUUUACCGGGAAGAAAGGGAAUUUCACCUUGGGAACAACUGAAAGACUUGAUUCUAGAGCUUGAGUACCAUCUGGAUGGUUUAUCCAAUCGGCCAUCGUUGAUAGUCGCAAAUAAGAUUGAUGAGGAAGGUGCAGAGGAAGUGUAUGAAGAGUUAAAGAGAAGGAUCGAGGGUGUUCCUAUCUUUCCUGUUAGUGCUGUUUUGGAGGAAGGGAUACCAGAGCUUAAAGCCGGCCUUAGAAUGCUUGUCAAUGGUGAAACUUCAUGCACACUUUGCCUAGAUCAAAUUUUGCUUGAUUAGAUUAGAUUAUCAUUAACCCUAUUUGUAAGUAUGAGUCAAGAUAGAAUUUAAAAUCUUCUUUGCAUGAUAACCUGGAGGAGUUUUAAUUCUUUCUAUUUUGUUUA